CGUGGUUACCUGCUGGCGCACUUCCGCUUCCGCCAGGCCCCGUCGUUUUGGUUGGACCGGCUUGUUGCGGGGAGGGAGGGGGAAGGUUGUUUGCUGCCUGGGAGCUCCGCGCCGGGGGAGGUAAACUGAGCUCCCCAGAGACCUCAUCCCGAAGCCUCUGCUCCGGCCUGGCCUUCUCUCCUCUCUCCAGCUGCCACCACAGCCUGGAGGCGCCUUCCUCCACCCUCCCGAAUGGUGCUCCUCUUCGCAGGCCUCGGCCCAGGAUCCAGGCCCCCUUUGCCCCCUGCCUUGGAGCUGUUGCUCCAGUUUCUACUUGGUGGACUCCCGGUGGAGGGGAGAGAAGAACCUUUGCACAGACGGGGUUUUAGUUCUAGGGACUUCAGCCUCUGAGUUCGAGGUUCUUCCUGUGCCCACUUUAUCAGCCUUUUGAGAAGAGAAACCCUUCUCUUUGCCAUCCAGAGCCCAGGAACCCUCAGACUGGGGCCCUGGUCCCAGCAUGUCAGUCCUCUCUUGUGCAUAGGGCUCUGCCCUCUCCAGGUCAGCAUGGCUGAGUUCAGACCGGUACCAGGGGGGCGGGAGACCCCACAAGGGGAGCUGCGGCCAGAGGUUGUAGAGGAUGAAAUUCCUAGGAGCCCAGUGGCGGAGGAGCCUGGAGGAGGCGGUGGAAGCAACAACAAUGAGUCCAAAUUGUCCCCAAGAGAGGAGGAAGAACUGGAUCCUAGAAUACAGGAGGAGCUGGAGCAUCUGAACCAGGCCAGUGAGGAGAUCAACCAGGUGGAGCUGCAGCUGGAUGAGGCCAGGACCACCUAUCGCAGGAUCCUGCAGGAGUCGGCAAGGAAGCUCAACACACAGGGCUCCCACCUGGGAAGCUGUAUCGAGAAGGCUCGGCCCUACUAUGAGGCUCGGCGGCUGGCUAAGGAGGCCCAGCAGGAGACCCAGAAGGCAGCGCUGCGGUACGAGCGGGCUGUGAGCAUGCACAACGCCGCCCGGGAGAUGGUGUUUGUGGCCGAGCAGGGUGUCAUGGCUGACAAGAACCGACUGGACCCCACGUGGCAGGAGAUGCUCAACCAUGCCACCUGCAAGGUGAACGAGGCAGAGGAGGAGCGGCUUCGAGGCGAGCGGGAGCACCAGCGAGUGACGCGGCUGUGCCAGCAGGCUGAGGCUCGCGUGCAGGCCCUGCAGAAGACCCUCCGUCGCGCCAUCGGCAAGAGCCGCCCCUACUUUGAGCUCAAGGCCCAGUUCAGCCAGAUCCUGGAGGAGCAUAAGGCCAAGGUGACGGAACUGGAGCAGCAGGUGGCUCAGGCCAAGACCCGCUACUCAGUCGCCCUGCGCAACCUGGAGCAGAUCAGCGAGCAGAUUCACGCUCGGCGCAGGGGCCUGCCCGCCCACCCGCCGGGGCCACGGCGCUCCUCCCCUGUGGGGGCCGAGGCUGGGCCCGAGAGCCUGGAGGAUGGGGACAGUGGCAUCGAGGGGGCUGAAGGCGGGGGGCUGGAGGAGGCUGGCGGCCUCGGGCCUGGACCUGGCGCCGACACAGACACGCUGAGCCUGCUGAGCCUGCGCACCGUGGCCUCGGACCUGCAGAAGUGCGACUCCGUGGAGCAUCUGCGGGGCCUCUCGGACCAUGCCAGCCUGGACGGCCAGGAGCUGGGGCCCCGGAGCGGGGGCCGCCGGGGCAGUGACGGGGGGGCCCGGGGGGGCCGCCACCAGCGCAGCGUCAGCCUGUAGCGCCCCGGCCAGGGCUUCGGGCCUUUCUCCCACGGUGGGCUCGUCGGGCCCCGUGGGCACCUUCCUGACGUGUCCUGCCAGGAGGCCAGCUGUCAGCUCGCUGCCUGCCCUGCUGCCUCAGCCUCCCUCCUGGCCUCGGGAGGCAGCCUGCAGGACCCCUUCAGAAGGUCUGCCCUCUGCACUCCUGCCCUGCCCCCUGCCGACCCCUCACUGGCCACAUGCCCUUGACUUUCCACUUUCUGACUUCCCUCCUUCCCCCUCCAGCAUUUCCCCUCAGGGAACUUGGUCUAGAACACCCGGGAAGCUCUUCAGAGAACAUGAGUACCCUAACCAGGGGGGCAGCCCUCUGCUGCUGCACCCCAAAGCAGUUCCCAGGGUGCCCUGGCUAUGCUGCUGAGCCCUGACGGCCACGUGCCCCGCCCUUCUGCCCUAGCCUGCCUGCGACCGGUGACCGCGUGCCUCUGGCGACAGCGCCCUCCUCAGUGUGCCCCUUUGUGAGCUGAGCUGCUCUUACGUGUGCCCUGUAGCAGAACUUGCCAGAGGCCCGUGUCGGGGAGCCCGACCCCAUCAGCAUGGGGACUGUCACUCUGGACUGGCUCUGUCCCUGUGGUGUCUCUCCGGCUGGGCGGAGUCCUCACCCUUGCCCAGGUGCUAGUGGGUCCCCGGGGGUCCACGUGGGAAGCUGAUGUGGUCCCCUUCCCUCCCUCUUGCCGUGGAGCUGGGCCAGUGUUUCUGGGCGGGCGCAGCUGAACUGGAUCUCAGCCCUCCUGUGGGGCCUUGGGGAACUGGUGCUCAAUCGCUCUCCCUUGCUCUGCCCACACCAGAAGUACCUGCUCCAGGCCCCUGGGGCGUGCUUAGGCUGGCCGGUAAAGCCUUGCCUGCCGUGCGUGGAGAGGAGUCCCCUGGGUGAGGGUCCCCCGGGAGCAGCUCCAGCGGUGGCUGCUCAGGUGUGUCGGGAAGCCACACCAGACCUGGGUGUCGGGAGAGCUGGUCCUGCUGUCUUGCCCCACGAGGACGGGGCGUCUACCAGCCUGGGCGCUGCCACCAGCACUCGAGCAGGGAGUGGGCCGCCUGGGUCUGCAGGCAUCUCCUGUGCUCAGGUUGGAGGAGGAAGGUCACGAUGAGAACCUCGGGGUUUGAGGUGGCCACUGGCAGGGAGGAGAAGCAGGGGACACAGGUGCGCAACGAUGAGAACCUCGAGGUUUGAGCUGGCCAUGGCGGGGAGGGCAGGGGAGACUCGGUGUGCGUGAGUGCAUGUGUUGGCGUGCGUGUGGGAAAGGGGCCGCCUUGGUUUUAUUUAAAUAAAAUAGUUUCUG